AAGAGUAAUAGACUCCAAACAGCUUCUGUUCUUACUUUCCAUGAUGAAGAUAAUAUUGGACUGCUUUCGAAGGCCAUGACUCAAAGCCACAUCAAAAAUCAGAUACUAUAGUAUAGUGUAAGAAGCAAAUCAAUUUUCAAAUGACCACACACAUGGUCAUGGCCUCAGCAAUUUGUACUCCCACAUUCUCAUCUUCAUGUUUUACUACAAAAUCAGCCAUCUAUACCUCAUCUUCUUCUCUAUUUUCACACCCCAAAACCCCAAAAUUUCAUCUUUCCGCAUGGUUUCCUCCACUGGGUCUCGGUGUUUUCUCCCCAUGGAGUGGUUUAAAGCAUCUGGGUAUCUCAAUCACACCAAAGCCUCUCAAGUCAGAUAGGAAAGGGAGAUGUAAGGGUAAGGUGGUUUAUGCAUCUCUGUUUGGGGUUGGAGCACCUGAGGCUCUGGUCAUUGGGGUGGUGGCUUUGUUGGUUUUUGGUCCUAAAGGUCUUGCUGAGGUUGCUCGGAAUUUGGGCAAAACUCUACGUGCAUUCCAACCUACAAUCAAAGAACUUCAGGAAGUUUCAAGGGAAUUCAAGAGCACCCUUGAACGGGAGAUUGGUCUUGAUGACAUUUCAACACAAAACACUAACAGUUCCAUCAAACCCAGUGCUACAUCAACCCCAUCCUCCACUACCAUCACUAAAGAUUCUCAGACUGUAGUUGAUCUGAAUAGUGAUUCAUCCCCAAAAAGAGCAUACACCACUGAAGAGUACUUAAAGAUCACAGAAGAGCAGCUAAAGGCAUCUGCUGCCCAACAGCAGGGCCAGAUACCUUCAGUAGAAGGCAAUUUGGAAACUCAAAGCCAGCCCCAAGCUACCAUUCGAGAAGCUGCCACCACAAUGCCUCCACCUCAAAAGCCUGGAAGUGAGACAUCAAACCUCAAAAAGGAGACAUGAAACCUCAGGCUUUUCACAGUGAGACAUGUAACUCCAUGUAUAUGAUGAUAGGUGCAAAAAAGUGGGAAAAGUAUAUUUAUUUAUUUUUUGUUAAUUGCAAGAGAUUUAGAAUUUCUAUAUUGGUUCAAGAGGACAGUCAUGCACGAGUUCUAGGUGUUACUGAACUUGUAGUUUAUGAUUUUGUAGCUAAGUAGCUAAGAAAUGCUAAAUUUUGGAAAUGA